AUAUGGCCCUCAAUCUACACGAUUUUAUACACAAAUUGAUGGCAAACCACCAGCCAAACCAGGAAUUAAGCCCACAUAUUCGAAUGGUUAUUUGCAGCCUUAUAGCUACUGGCCAAAGCGAGCGGUCCCUGGCAACCCUCUUCGGCGUAUCUCGACAUGCCAUCCACCACGCAAUUGAACUAUAGAAAUCUAACCACACUUUUAACUCCCGACCUCGAAGUGGCCGUCUAGAGGUUCUUUCGCGUUUGGAAAAACGGUAUAUUAUUUUGAUGGUCAAGAAAAACCGACGUAUAGCCCGGAAGGCUCUGAUUAACGCGGUCGGGAAGAAAGUGUCACCUUUAACCAUUUGACGAUGUCUCUAAGCCUACUAUCUACGUAAAUGGUGUGCUAAAAGGAGGAUUCCCUUGUCAAAAGAGGUAGCAAAGGAUCGGUAUGACUUUGUACGCGAUUGGCUUGAAAAGACACUAUCUUUUCCGAUAAGUGUUCCUGUCAAAAUAACAUUUUAAAUCCGACUGCCUAGGUAUUCCGUUUUCCUUCUAAGAAGUACGACCGCCGAUUUGUUAACUUAAAGAACCAUACCCGGGCAAAUAUUACUAUUAUGGUAUAGGGGGCAAUAUAGGUAGGUAGUCGGAGUGAGCUUAUUAUUAUAGAGAGGGAUCUUAGCACUCUACACCGUGGCUAUAUAUCCUAGUCAUACUAGAGGGCUUUAGAAGAGGGCCUUCUACCUUAUUAUGAUGAGACCUGGCAUUUUUAGCAAGACAACGCUCCUAUCUAUAUAUCCGAAUCGACCGAAUAGUGGCUCCUAGUACGG